GGAACUCAUGCAAAACAGUAGCGUCCGUGUCUUUCGUGGUGUUUGUGAUGAAGUAGUAGUCGUUUUACCUUGAUUACUUUCCAAUCAUUUGCUCAAAUCCUUUAGACAACAAAAAUGGCGGAAGAGAAACGCCCAAAAUACAUGAAUUGGAUCUUAGAAUGCAUCAAUUUAUUAAGAAGCCGUAAAUCAAGGCCUGAUCUUGAACGGAUCUGUCGUACCAUGCAAAAAUGCCAUGGGGUAUCAGAAAAAGAAACAGAAGAAGACCUGCGAGCGCUUGUGGAGGCAAAAAUAGUGACGAGAAGAUCCUUUAAAGGAGCAAUAUCUUACAGAAAUUCAGCCGGUUGGAGUAAAGCCCAUGGGCCCGGUAAGGUGUCAAGGGCUGGUCGAUGGGUUACAGAAGCAGUCAGAGUUCUUGAUCGUGGUCACGGAGUUAGUACACAUGAUAUUGAACGUUACAUCGAAGAAAAACAUCCUUACUAUGGUAAUAUUAGAUCAAAAAUUAGACUCGCAGUUGAUAAUGAUGUAGAAAAUGGACGAAUAUGGAUGGUUGGCGAUGGUUUAUAUCGUUUGCUUGAAGCAGCUGAGAGUCCAGAGAGAGAAGUGAGUACUACUGAACCUGUAUGUGACUUUUGCCUGCAGACUUCUGAGUGUAAUAGGAAAGGUGAACAAGAAGAUUUAUUGAUAUGCAGAGAUUGUGGCAAUAAAGCCCAUCCAAGUUGUAUGAAUUAUUCACAAGAUCUAACAACAAGGAUUAGAGAUGAUGCAACAUCAUGGCAAUGUAUUGACUGUAAAACAUGUGUUAUAUGUAAUGAUAGUGGAGACCCCGGUAGUUUAUUGUUCUGUGAUGCUUGUGAUAAAGGAUACCAUAUGCAGUGUCAUGUACCACCGUUAGAUACCAUGCCAUCAGGAAAAUGGAUUUGCUAUAAUUGUGAAAAUCACCCCACCAACCCAGCAUCACUAGAAGAGCUGAAUGGUGUCACAGCUAUACGAGUAGAAAGAAGAGACUCUUCGCAGCAAUCAUUUUCUGGCAGUACUUGUAGUGGGCAUGGUCAUGAAACAGAGGACAUGGAAGUAGAAAGAACUGUUGAAGUCAAAGACAUGCAUGUACAGGUUGAUGCUGAAAAUGUUCAAAGAGAACUUGAAAUGUUGUCUCAAUCCACACCACCAUGCACCCCACCAAUGCCAACUGCACCAUUAUCAGAUAUGGCUGAUACUAAAAAUGGUCUACAUGAUGAUGGCACUAGAGGCAGUCAAUCUAAAAGUCAUGAUGCCAAGUACAAAAACAUGAUGGCUGAUGCAUCUAAAUGGGAGGUAGCUGAUGUUAUGAAGUUUUUAGAGUCUGUGGGUUUUCCUCAAGAGGCCAAGAACUUUGGAGAUCAGGAAAUAGAUGGAAAAGCAUUGCUGUUGAUGUCACGCAAUGAUGUCUUGACUGGAAUGGCACUUAAACUAGGACCUGCACUAAAAAUUUAUGUCCAUGUCUCUAAACUUCAGAAAUGCCAACCUAAAUGACAACAUUCAGUCAAUCUUUUCAUCAUGCUUAGACGAAUAAUGUAUUAUGAAUAUUGUAUUUACAAGAUUAUGAAUAUAAAAGACUGACCAAUUAUUGAGCAUUGAUAUUCAACCAGAAAAAUCUAGUUAGUCUUCAGUUUGGUUCACAAUUUUGGUUGAAAAGGAACUGUAAUAUGCUAUAUAGAUUUAGAUGGUCUUUCAUUUUAUUUUCUUGAUCAGAGUAUGCCCUGGAUCCUGUCAUGACAAAUAGAGCAUAAUUUAUGAGUGAGAAACAAACUCAACUAUAAGCAACAUGUGUGUUCUCCUUGGAUUGGAUGUAGUUAAUUACACAUGUAUGUAGUAUUGCUAAAGUCACAGGGUGAUCCAAUUUGAUCACAUAAAUGUGUAAUUUUAUGCAUCGUUUUUGUGUGAUAUGUUAUCAUUAUGGCAAAGUAUGAAUAAUGAAGUUGACAAGCAAAAUAAGGUUUUGGGUGGUAUGUGGGGUAAUUAUUAUUUAGUAUUAUUGUAAUGUAUAGUAGUAAUUAUUGUGGAGUAAAUGGACUAAAUCCCUGGCAAUAAACAGUACAAAGAUAGAUAGAUAAUUAUUGAAUUUACAUUUGCAGCCAGUGGAUGAAUUGCAGCAAACAAAAUUGCUAAUGAAUACUGGCAGUGGUGAUUAUACAACAGAUAAAAGGAAUUAGCAUAACAUAAUGCCUAUUUUGUUCUAUUUAUGCUUCUUGGAUGACAAGUGUGUGUUAACUCUAAUAUUUGUAAGAUUGCAAUGACAUCUCUUUUUUCAUCCUUUGAUUAGCUCUUUUUAAAGUGAAUAAUAGAAUAUCAUAAUAAUCUAGAAAGCUGUUGUGUCCUGUCAAUCAGUACCAUAAUUUAUGUGAAAAUGUGAGAAUUUCUGUUCUGGAAAAAAUAAUAUAACUAAUUUCACUCGGAUGGAGGCACUCCCUUGGAAAAGUGACAGACUUCUUUAGGUGAAACACAAGUUGUUAUGUGGAUUUUGGGGUCUUCAGGGCCAGUUAACUCAGGCUGGAAUAGUUUAUAAGUACAUGUAUACUUUUAUAGUGUCACUAAUUUGUGCAUACAUACUCGUCAGUUAUUUUCAAACCCAAUUGUCGAGUGUCACUUCACCUUUUGUAUCUAAUAAAAUUACUGAUUUACAAAAAUAUUUAUUGGAAAUAUUUGUAUUUUUCCUAAGAGAAUUAUAAUUCGCCAUGCUGAAUGAUUAGCCUUGUACUCAGGCAUUCCUCCUUUCACCAUCAGCAGAUGGUUGCCACUCAUUCCCCACUAUGACAUCAUAAACCUAGAAAUAUUUAUCGGUAUCCAGGAAUGCCUGGGUACUACAGCUUAUCUACUGUCGAUAAUUAAGUUAUAGAUAGACUUCUGCAAACAGACAAAAAAGGAAAGUUCUAAAACUGAUUUUAUUAGAUCACUGCCGACAGGAAAUAGAUCGAUGAUGUUAUUUCAAUUCAUUUAUUGCAUUUUUAAAUAAAGAGAUGUGUUUA